GGAGGACCAGACUGCGCGUGUGCCUCGAUGAUGGAGCUCCCGCCGGCAUGACCUGGCUGUCUCCCAAGCAAGUCCUUGCAAGGUGUCUGGCGCCAGAUAUCGAGGGUCUGACAUCGGCACCAGCCUUCCAACAAAGCUACUGGAGUAAUCAACAUGCUGCGCUUGUCUCUCGUAGCGUCUGCAGGCAGCAGUGUCCCCAUCCGUGCUUUUUGCCUGCCGCAACUCGAGCAGACAGCGCCGGUUUUGCGGCUUGAAGAUGCGCGCGCGACGCGGCGGCCGGCCAGCACUGCGCUUUCAACUGGAAACGUCGUACGCGUGAUAGAAGAAUGGCUGAGCCGCGCGCCGCCGCCGCGACGCCGAGCACAGUUGCAAAGAGAGACAACACCCACCGCAGGCCGCGGCCUUCGCGCCGAGAUCCACGCUUGACCGCUGCACGCGGCUGCAGAACCAGUGCGGCUCGGAGCGCGAAUCAAAUUUCCUCGUGACCGCGUCUGCUCGAUGGCCGCCGUCGACGCGGCACGAUGUCCCCUACGCCAUCGAUCUCCACGCAGGUUCGGAACCGACGACCCGUCGUCCUACCCCACGUUCCUGCCGCAGGGCGGCAUCGGCGGCACGGGCCCGCAGCCUGAGGACGAGCUGUUCGGCGUCAUGCCCUGGGAGCGCGAGGCCUUCGCCAAGGUCACGAUCUCCCCCAAACAGCUCGACGAGGCCUUCAUGGGCGGCUGCCAGUCCAUCCUCGACGCGAAGCUCGAGGGCUACAGCGAGGAGCAGGUCAAGAAGAUCCUCGACGAGAAGGGCGCGCUCGAGGUAUUGAACAUGGCCGCCAAGGACCUGGACAAGUACUUCAACCCGCCGCCGCCGAAGGUGAAGAAGGUCGCGAAGAAGGAGGCCGACGGCGACGCGCCGGCGAAGAAGGCGCCCGCGGCCAAGAAGGCGCCGCCGGCCAAGAAGGCCCCUGCGGCCAAAAAGGCUCCGCCCGCAAAGAAGGCGCCGCCCGCAAAGAAAGCUCCUCCCCCGAAGACGGAGGCGUAAUUAGGUAGUACAAAA